AUGUCCGUUAAAAGUAAACCAUCAGACCCAGUAUUGCCUGGAUUCGCGUCUUACUAUAACUAUACGAAGGAUAUUCCCACCAGAUUUGUUAUCGUUAGUAAACAAAGUAAUCAAGUCGUCGGUGAGUUUACAACAUCAGAUGGAAUCUUCGUCACACACCAGUUGAACUCGUACGAGAAAGACGGUCUGAUGUAUUUAGAUAUGCUGACAUACCAUGCCAAUAUUUAUGCUCUACUAACUAUCAAAAAUAUCGUCGAAAAACCCACGACUCCCAUUGACACACAUGUAGAGCGUUUUGUGAUUGACAUGUCUGAUUGGUCGCUUGUUAAGAGAAUUGACCUGUACCCAUCAGCAGAGUUUAAGACAGUGGAGUUCUCCACUAUAAAUUACGAACAUUACAGCAGCAAACCGUAUAAAUACGCCUACAUGACCGGAUUGAACCCAGCAGUCACCACGCUAAUCAAGCUGAACGUGGAGACAAAUAAGGCUGUGUAUUGGGGUCCCCAUGAUGGUCUGUUACCCAGUGAACCCAUUUUUAUACCAAGUCCUAAUGCUGUUGAUGAAGAUGAUGGCGUCAUAGUUACUAAUGUCUUGGACACAAAUACUUCCAAAGGAAUAGUCGUGGUGCUGGACGCAAAGAGCUUCACUGAGUUAGGCCGUGCCGUUUCAUCGGAACUUAUGCCGUUUGGUCUGCACAGUAGAUUCAUAGCGAGGAAGUUCGAGCGGCGAUCCAGACAUUCCUUACUCAGAUUUUUAUCGGAUUCGUCUGUGCACAAGGUUACACGUGUGUAAAUAUUGUUGGCAAUGUUCAAAUGUAAAUUAACAUUAAGAUUCACCUAAAUUUCGCAUGAAUUUGAACUAGACAGUUCGAUUCGGAGUUUCCUGUAAAUUACUG